ACGGAAUCCCCAGGGCUGCCCCUGGCCCCCACUGCGCAUGCCCGGGAGGAAGCGCCUUGCUCUGCCCCCUCCUCUUCCUGGCACUGGCUCCGCUCCGGAGGGGGGAGGGCGCGAGGGGCCGCCGCGAGACCCCCCCGCCCCGCCAUGAGCCGAGGCGUGGGCUAGCAUCGGCUGCGGCGAGCUUGCAGCUGUGGCAGACGGAGCCGCCGGCACUUCCCGGGCGAGGGUGCCCGGCCAUGAGUGCAGGAGGGCAGCGUGUGCGCACUUAACGCCAGCAUGUUCGCAGCCAUGAGCAGGUAUCCGAGCGAGGCCAGGGCACAAUGAAUGGUGGUGAUGAGCCCGCUGGCGGAGAUCCAGGUGGGUGCCCGGUGGCCGUGCCCGUGGGCUGGCAGCGGAAGGUGGAGGAGGGCACCGUGCAGUAUAUCAGUCCUAGUGGCACGAACCUCACCUCGCUGGAGCAGACCCGCACCUACCUCCUGACAGACGGCACCUGCAAGUGUGGCCUGGAGUGUCCGCUCAACGUGCAAAAGGUUUUCAACUUCAACCCGGCAGCUGUGGUGGUGCCGCGGGGUGGGGCCGGGGCCCGGGGCGACCAGGACAUGACCAAGCUGUGCAACCACCGCCGGAAAACCGUCGCCAUGGCCACCCUGUACCGCAGCAUGGAGAACGCCGCGCCCCUGGGCCCACCGCACCUGGGCCCAGGGGUUGGGCUGAGCCAGACGUACCACUCGGGCAUCGCCAGCUGCCAUCCGCCAGCGCCGUUCGGCAGAGCGCCCGGCCCGGAGGGCAAGGGUCCCGGCAAGCCCCAGCCCAUGGAGAAGGCCCCAGAGGCACAAACGGAGCCCUGCCUGGCCUGCCCCAGAGACCGGCCCAUCAGCACCCGGCCCAGCCAUGCCUCGUCCUUCCCAUGUCACCACAGCGCCCUCUUCGGGGACGUCUUCCCGGGCAGGACGCCCUGCGUCAGCUCCACCAACGGCGCUUACCCGGCGCGCCCGGCCUUCCCCCUGCAGAGCUUUGGCCUGGAGCCCCUGGACGCGGUUCCCCGGCCCUUCCCCCUCAGUUCCCCCGCCGGCCUCCCCUUCCCCGCACAGGAUGAGACGGUGCCACCUGCUGCCCCCAGCCCCCUGGGGAAGCCUCCGCCCCCUGCCACGUCGCCCCCCGAGGGGGCCCCCAACUGGAGCAGCCGCGCUUGCCCCGUGCCCGCAGGCGCCUCCCUCGGCAGGCUGGCUGCCUCCACUGCGCUCUCCUCCGUCUCAUCACCAGAGGGCAGCGCCGAGCUGUCCCCGCAGGGCUCCAGCCCCUCCUCCGCCUCCUCGGAGCCCGGGGGGCCCCCGCUGGGCCCCAGUCCCCCUGCAGGGGCCCCCCAGCCCUGCAAGGAUGAGGCGCCCCCCAUCAAUGCCUUAGCCAACCAAAGCAGCAAUAACCUGCCAGUGCCCUUAGGCGCCGUGCCCGAGGGCAAGGGGCCGCCUGGCUUCCUGGGUCUGCCCCUGAGCCAGCUGCUUCAGCAGCCGGGUGCCCCCUCCUUCCCUGCCAGCAGCCUGCUGAGCGCGGCCGCCAAGGCCCAGCUGGCCAGCCAGCGGCACACCGAUGAGCCCCCCUCUAGCACUUUACCCGGGCACCUGCUGGGCUCCAAUGGGCUGCUCUCCGUGGUGGGCGGGCGGGCGCUGCCCAAGCCCCGGCGCCAGCGCCGCGCGCCCACCGUGCUGCACCUGCUGAAGGACUCGCAGCAGGGCCCAGCCGGGCCGGAGGAGGCCCCCUCCCACCGGGUCCGGCCCAGGGAGCAGCCCCCCCGGCCGCCCCCAGGGGCUGCCCCACCGCCCGGGGAAGCCAAGGGCAGCCCCCUGGCCCCCCUUGCCCCCAGCCAGCCGCUGUCAUCCCUGCUGAGCCUGCUGGGCACGCAGCCCCCUGGCCUGCCCCCGCUGCCCCUGGGCGAUAGCCCCCCUGGCCUCCUGCCCUCCUUCCAGGACUUCAACAGCCAACUCCUCAGCCAGCUGGCCUCCACCUCCUCCGACCUGGCCUCAGGGAGCCCCCCUCAGCCGAAAGCGCCCGCCCCCAGCACCGCCGCAGGUGCCACUGUCUCGCCAGCCGCCACCAAAGCAGCCUCGGGCUCCGGCCCCAGCAGCGGCGCCGGGGAGGGCAGCCUGGGGGUCCCGCGGGUCCCGCUGCCCCCGGGCCCCGAGCCCUUCCCCUUCCUGGGCCAGGAGCAGGUGCUGCCCUUCGGAGGCUCCCUGCCCCCUGGCCUCCUCCAGGGAGGCUUCCUCGGCUCCUUGCCCUUCUCCCUGGCCCUGAGCCAGCCGCAGCUGCUGGGCUGCCCAGGGCAGGGGGAGGCGCCGCUGCCCACCCUGGGCCUGCCGGGUGAGCCAGAGGGGCAGGGGCUGCAGACCCUGCUCGUGGCCUCGCUGCUGCAGAGCCAGCCUCAGUCACCCCUGCUGGGCCUCGGUCUGCCCAGCCUGGACCUGCUCCAGCAACCUGGCGGCCUCCUCCCAGCCCUGCUGCCCCUGCCCGACCCGCCCUGCCAGGGGGACCUCCCGGACGGGCCCCUGCAGCCCCUGCUCUUCCCGGCGCUGCCCACCUCGCCCGCCGUCCUCGCUUUAAACUCGGCUCUGCUGGCGGCCGGCCUGGCAGCCCCCGACGCCCAGCCUGGUGUCGCUGGCUCACCCAUGGCACCUACCUCGACCGGCACGACACCCAUGACUACUGAGGCUCCCGGCGCCGAGGGCAGGGCCCCCGAGCCCCCUGGCGCCUUCGUCAGCGCCCCGGUGCCCCCCAGCUCCUCCGGGAGGCUCCACCCGCUGCUGCCCCCACUGGUCUGCCCGCUGCUGAGUGCUGCGCUGCUGGGUGACCUGUCAGUGCUGAGCCCCCUGCUCCAGAGCCAGCCGCAGCUGCUCUCUCCUUCCCUGCCAGCGCCUCUGGGCUUCCAGCUCUUCCAGGGCCAGCCCCCCGUCCUCAGCCAGCUGGGCAGCUCCAGUCCCCUGGCCUGCCUCCUGCAGCUCAGCCCCGGGUUUGGCGCCCCUGAGAAGCCAGUGACGGCACUGAGCGAAGGCCCCUCUCCGAACCUGCCCAGCAUCCCAGAGGCCGAGCCACCGGCCCCCUUUGCCCCCUUCUGCACGGACGCUGCCCCUGCUGCCCUGCCAAGUGCCUUAGACUCCCCGUCAGCGCCCAGGGCCAUGGACUGCCCGGCCACAAGCACCCUGGAGCCAGCCGGGCCGGGCCAGCAGGGAGCACUGGGCUUUGCCACCCCUGUGGGCCAGCUGGACACAGGCGCUGCAGGACCCCCCUGCUCCAGGACCCCCCUGAAACGGGCCCGGCGCAGCGCAGAGGAGCUGAACGGCAACAUCCCCCCCCGUGCGGCCCCCCGCAGAACCAAGAGCGCCCGCCGUGGGGCCGGGCGGGGCCGCGGGGCCUGGGGCAGCAGGCGGCACUUCAACGGGCAGGCGGAUGAGCCGGGCGAGAAGGCAGCACCCUCGGGGCACCCGCCCCACCCAGCCUGGAGGUGCAAUGGUGAGAUCCCGGUGCCAGGCACAGCCAGCCCAAUGGCCCUCAACAAAGCAGAGGAAAUAAAGGGGAACCCUGGGAGACUGCGCCCGUCCCGCCGGGGCCGGAGGAGGAAGGUCAGCACCCCCCGGCCUAGCACCCGCCUGGAGAUGCCACGAGCAAGGGGCCCUACCGCUGAGCCAGGCUCCGUCCCCACCGAGGAUGGUGCCCCCGGGCGGCGCCCCCGGCCUGGCCGCCCCGCCAAGAACCGCCGCCGGAAGCUGGUGACGUAGCGUUGGCCCAGAGGUACCCAGGGGAGGCGAAGUCGAGCGCGCCCCAGUGAACUGAGCAGGGGGGCGCAGCUGAGGCCCGGCCAGCCACAGCCAGGAACGAGCCCCCGCCGGGGGCACCCCAUGGGGGGCCCGGCUGGAGGUGCCGUUGCUGGCAAUGGGCACUUACAGCAUGUUUCCUAGCAUGGGCUCCUCCCAGCUGGGACUGCGGCCCUGUGGCAGUGCCAGGGGCCCACUCCAAGCACAAGCCGUGUCUCCUGCAUGCUGCCCAGCGGGAGGCAGUGCCGGGCCGUGGCCUGCCAAAGCACUUCUGAAGCCAUUCUGCAAUGCAGUGAAAUCCCAGGGAGACGGGGCAGCGCCCCCUGCGGGCUGGGGCUGUGCUGACUCUAGGGUGUUAAGUGGGGGCACUAGCCUGUGUUGCCCCCAGCCGCUGCCGUUCUGCCCCCCCCCCCCCUCGGUAUCAAGGCUGGGGGGGAGGGCUCCUCCCCUACCUCAGCCCUGUGGGUGUCUCAGCAGGGCAAGGAACGCCUCAGGGGUUAGCUUAAUGCACCCGCUCACCAAAAACCUCCUUGUGCCCCUCGCCAGGGGGCAGCCCCCCAGAGCAGCAGGCAGGGGCAAUGGUACAAAGCAAUAAGCGCAGCCAGCUGGCUGCAGUGAGCCCCCAGGCCUGGGCGGAGCCUGCAGGGGCACCUGGCCUCUCCCAGUGAAGCCUGCUCAGCCAUGGGGCACCGGGGGGCUAGGCCCCAGCCUUGUUUUCUUUUCUUGUUUUUAACUCCUCCAAGAACACUCAGGUCCGGCGGCUGGCGGGGCCCAGCUGCGCCGCCAGCGCCACCCACCCACACUACGUGCUCAUGCUCCCAGGCUGCUGGUGGGAAUUAUGCAAAGCGGGGGCAGUGCCUGGCAGGGUGGGGGCCAGGCCCUGCCCCCCCUCACCGACAGGGGCCUUGCUUUUGUAGACGCUCCCUUGAGGGGUCGUGUAAAACUCUGGAGCCUUCCCCUGGGGACUUGUAGCUUUUCUAUGAGAGCCACUUAAUUUAACAGCUGGGGGCCAAGCGCCGCUGGCUCUUCCGCGGGGAUUUUGGGGUGUUUUGUAUCAAUUAUUAAAAUGUGUAUUUAAAAG